GCAUAUUGUCGUGGACUUUACGCUGCUGUGCCUAGCACUGCCAGUGCUGGACUGUUAUGAUGUGUCAAUAAGUUAAAAAGGUAGUCGGUACCGACGAUGAGAGCCCCCCCAGCGCGGUACUUGAACGGGACAUUGGAGGUCAUUGCAUGACAAAGGCAGUGGCAGAUUCAUCUUCAUCAUCCAGCAUUUCAUCUCCAUCUCCGUGCAGCAUUUCCAUACUUGUUUCCUCAGUGCAAUAGUACCAUGAAAGGUGGAGGAGGGGCCAAGGAACCACCUGUCGCAGGGGAGGUUGCUGUCAAGCGCCCUAAGCGCAAAUGUCUACAGUGGCACCCCCUUCUCUCCAAAAAGACUCUGGACUUCUCAGAAGAAGAAGAGGAAGAGGAUGAAGAUGAGCUGGAGAAACCGCUCUUCUGUGACCAGGACCAGAUGUCACAGGUGCAGUGUAGUAGCGCCGUGGACGAGGAGGAGUCCACCGAGCAGCGCGCCCGUCGGCCAAUGAAUGCCUUCCUACUCUUCUGCAAGCGACACCGCUCCCUGGUGCGACAAGAACACCCUCGCUUGGACAACCGCGGGGCCACCAAGAUCCUGGCCGACUGGUGGGCGGUGCUGGACCCCAAAGAGAAGCAGAAAUACACUGACAUGGCAAAGGAGUACAAAGAUGCCUUCAUGAAGGCAAACCCUGGCUACAAAUGGUGUCCCACCACCAGCAAACCAGUCAAGAGCCCCUCAUGUCAAACCGUCAGCAACCAACGCAAAAAGUUCUGGUCUUUCUCCUCAAACUCAUCUAGGGACACCGCCACUGCCAAAAAAAUGCCCAAAUCUGAUAACAGGCCACAGUUGAACUUCGCCAUGGCAGAUCCUACGAAGAUGGGGGGCCUGAGCAUGCUAUUGCUAGCAGGAGAGCAUGCCCUCACCAACAAGGAGAUCCCUUCCAGCACUAAACCAAGUUUACCUGACGCAACUGGUGAAGCCAACUGCUUUCCAGAUGAUAAAGAUGAGAUGUUGUCUGGUACUAUACCUAACCGAGUGCCUGACAUCACUGAAAGCAGGGUCCCUGCACUCACUGAGGCUUCUGAGGCACUUGAGGGGAAACCAUGUGGACAGUCUGCCCUCUUCCAGCUCGCAGAGAUGUGUUUGGCGUCUGAAGCGGUGAAAAUAGAAUCCAUGGAGAGUCCAGCUUCAGCCGUGCGGCUGCAAACUUCAAUCCACGCUGAGACCCAGGAGAAGAAGGCAGCGGUGGACACGAUUCCUUUUUCCACACACACUUUAGCACUUGCACCUUCGCUUCCCUCUUCUACCUCCGCACACACCUCUGCCCCACCUCCCAACAGCCAAAAUGCAUGUGUCAGAAAGAAGACCAAGAAGAAGGAGCCAACCGAACUCCCAUGUCCAGCACAGAAGGUGAGCGAGUGUGAGCUUGCUGAGUCCAGUGUGGACAGCAUCUUCAGCACCAUCGAGGCAGUGGCCAAAGGAGCAUGGAAGCAUCCAGAGGAGAAGCUGCCGAAGACAAUCCACAGCAGUCAAGGCACUGGAAACCCUUCUGUGAAAAAGAAAGUGAAGCCUAAAGUCAAACUUUCUGUCAAGGAAAAAUCGGACGACCUCAGUGAGAAGUGUGAGCAGCUCCCCGUGUCUGAUGUGGACAUGGCUGCCAGCUGCCCCAAGACAGAACCAGAAGUAACAGCUGUCACAAGCAUGGACGUGGAGGGCAGCGUGACAGAGGCCGACAAUGUCACCUGGAGCUCCUCAUCACCUCAGAGGGAUGAGGACAAAGAGAAGGAGAAGCCAAGUGAAUUGGAAAGCCAAGUGGAGAGUCGAGCAUCCAGGAAAUCUGAGCGGAGCUGCAAAGGGGCUUUGUACAAGACCCUGGUGUCUGAAGGGAUGCUGACUUCACUCAGAGCCAAUAUUGACCGAGGGAAAAGAGGCGCCUUCCGUGGUUCUGAUAAUGAUGCAAACUGGAGUGAUGACAGCUGGACCUUCUCUCAGAUGGGACCUAACAACCCCAAGAAGCUAAAGAAGUCCAAGUCCAAAGAUGAGUCUUCACAGGGCCUCGGAAAACUGGAGGAGGAGUUUGAGAAGAAGUUCAACAGCCUGCCACAGUACAGCCCCAUUACAUUUGACAAGAAGGGGCCUGUCGUCUCCAGAAAGAGGAAGACUGAUGGGACUUCCAGCCAGGAGGAUGGUCCCAAAACAAAAGUAUCAUCGCCAUCUCCAUCACAGAAAAAGGCUUCAUUCCACAAGAUUGUUAGGAAGCACAAACAGGCAAAGAAGAAAUCAUGCGGGGGUCAGGGAGAUUUCCCAAUGUUGGUGUCAGCAUCAAAAGCCAAAUCAUGUGCCCCAAUAACCACAACGUGCCCAGAUGUCCCGGGCACCACUAGCAUGGAGAUGCUAGUGGGCAGCCAGAAGAGGAAGGCCAGGAGGACUAAGAUCACACACUUGGUGCGGACAGCAGAUGGCAGUGUGUCUCCAGCAGAGGAAGAAAAAAUGAGGGACCUGAACCAGGAACAGGAGAAGAAGCCAUUAUUACAACCUAACUUAUGCAAUGACAAAGGGUGCUAUGGUGGUUCGAAAGAAGAAGAAGAGGAGGAGGAGGGAGAUAAGUGUGAGGUGCCAGAGGAGCUGCCUGCUUUCUUCAGCUUGACUGCUCUAGCUGAGGUUGCUGCCAUGGAGAACGCUCACAGGGGCCAGAGGGGCUUGGCUGAGAGUCAGACAAAAGAUCUGGCCCAAACUCCAGUCCUCAUCUCUUGUGCUGAUCAGUAAGGCUGUUGCUGGUGCCAGAAAAACCACUACACACACACAGACACACACAGACAGCGGAGCUCUGAACACCACUCUGAUCAGGAAUCCAUCCCCGUGUGUGGUGAGGUGGUUCAUCAAGAGACCUUCUCCUCUCCUGCGCCACAGUAUCUCAGUGUUCCCCCAAAAGCCUUCCUUCGGAUUUAGGCAGGAUGCCUUUCUGGAACUGCUCUCUCCCUUUUAGAUGCACGGCGGAGGAACCCGUCUCUCUGCCAGUGCACCCUGAUGAAGAUGAUUGUCAUGUGUUUUAUGUCCGAUCGCGAACAUUUUGAAAGGCUAGUCUUGCAUCGUUACGUAGAGAUAAGAAUCAACACUGCGUUAGUUUUCUACAGCUUCUUACCUCACACUGGCCUCCUGAAAGAGCACCCACCUCUGCUAGAAUACCUCUGUGUUGCCUACCACUCCCUCCAGCUUCAACCCAAAAUGACUUGAACCAGGGUAAAUGUUCUGAUGGAUAGUUAUUUUUGCUCCUUGUGGGCCAAUGUACACUAACCAGGUGUACUGAAACUAUGAAGAGACCACGAUAUUUGGCAGUCAUGUCCUGGACUUGCUGUCAAACAAAAUGUAGUAGCGUUGAGUACUAACAUUAGACUGAAUGUGUUGGAGUAGAUGACUAGAGUCAAGGGCACUUGUCUGUCCUGUUAAUACUUUAUUAGUAGCUUUACAGUGUCCCUGAACGCUCCGUGGCUCAUUGUAAAAACGGCUUCUUGUGUGAAAGUGAUUCCAGUAUAGCCUUAACCCUCCCCCCAUGUCACGACCAACCUCUUGUUCAGUGCACGCCAUCACAGUCCUGCAGUCGACACGAGCGUUUAUAGGUUGUUUUCACACAGAUUAAUUCGGACAUGGGCAGGAAGAUAAAACGUAGGUGGGCAAGGCAAUGCUGGCUUACAGGAUGAAAUCACGUCAUGAUGUCAUGAACUCCAGAAAUAGUUCUGGUUUACAAGCUAGCUGAGGGUGAACAUUGUUGUUCACAUGGAGCUUGGAGCCAAACCCAGCUGUCAGGUUAGAAGUGGUGGUCACCCUGGAAAGGUGGCUUUGCAGGGAUCAAAGACAAUCACUUAAACAGUCACCAAUAUAUAUAUCUGUCCAUCUAUAGAUGGAUAGAUAGAUACACAGUAUAUGUAUUUGCUAGUCACUAGCCCAUCAAAAUGUUAUAUAUGUAUAUACUUGCUGUAGGGCCUGGUGAUGCUAGAUUGCCCUCCUUCACCCUCUAGGUGACGACUCUUUCAUCCCGCUGUUGUUCUCUCUUCUGCGCCUCCCAUCGCACUAGCUGCUGGUAAUUACCGAUAAUGGUGUGCAGCUUUCAUGCUAUGAGGCAGUUGCUUUCACGCCCCCUUAUCCAAAGCAACCCCUCACAUUCUUGCUCCCCGCCUUCCGUCUUAGAUUCUGACUUAGAAAUUCACUUUAGCAAUGUUGACUAGAGUUCAGUUCCCAGCAAUAGGCCUCAAAGAUACUCACUUGGGUCUGUUGGAUGUGGCCCUAACGGAUGUGACGCUCCCUGUGAGAGUCAAAUCUUAAAAAUGUGCCUUUUAAAUUCAUUCAAUUCGAACCGUAUUGAUCCGAUCAUGACGGCUCUUGUUGGUACCUCCAGCAUGUCUGAUUUAAAUAGCAACAUCUUGGUGACUGUGUUUUGGUAAAGAGAUCCGGCACGAGUCUCUUUCUCUGUGCCCUGUGAAGGACCUGUCCAGAAUGUCCUCUGUGUCAUGGAAAGCUGGGAUUGGCUGAGUAUCCUACUGCUACAUCUUAAACUGUAGAUGACUGAUGAUUUAUCAGUCUGGAAUUCUGGAAUCCAGCUAGGCUUGGCUGACAAUUCCACCAGCUCCUGGCUUUUACUGUUAUGAAGUAGAUGUCAUCUUUGUAUAUUUUUAUGGACUUAUAUAGUGAAAAACAGUUUUAAAAUACCCCUUUCUUCAUCAGUGUGAAGCAGCCUUUGGCCACAGUGGGGAUUUUCUUCCCAUUCACUCUUUGGGUAAUAACUUAAUGACAUUUAUUUGUUGCUAGAUGCACAGGUUGGUUUGUGUCGAACUUCCUGCCCGGCGACUGCAGUGACUUGCCAAUAACCUGGAGUGAAAUGCAGUUUGUUGUCAAUACUUGAUCUUCCUAUAGUUUGCAUAGCAGCUAGAAGAGUUUAUUCCUCAUGUGCAAAUCCUUUUCUGGUUGUGGUGCAGCUGAUGUAUUUAAUGUGAACACGGCAUUAAGUUGUAGCUUUCAUCCAUCAGUAAGAAAUUUGCCUGCUCUUGACACUGUUCACACAAACACACACACACACACACACAAAGGUCGUUCAAAAGUGUCUUCGAUCUCCUCAAUUCGUGGCUAAAGACACAUGAGGAAGCAAAAAUGUCCAAACAAAUAUAUCAGGAGUUUAUUGAUUUUUAUUUUAUUUUGUCUCAUAAAAUGAGAAGAUUAAAGUAAAAUGUAUGCAAAGUGAAUUAACUCGACCAGGCUUUGCCGGUGAACCUCUGAGUGAAUGGAAACAAGGCAUUUAGUGUCCCGCUGUUAGCGCUCUCCGCCUUUUGAGAUUUUAUUGCAAAAAUUAUGAAUUUAGGUCACUUGUCUUCAAUGUUUUAUUGAAAUGUUAAGAUGUUUUGUUCUUCUUUUGACUUCUUUGUUGGUCGGAAUCAUUCCAUCUGUGUGCGUCGGCUUUGACUCUAUUCAGGCUCGGUUGUCUUCCCAGAAGUUAGAAAGAGUUCCUCUGAGAGGCAGACACUCUCCAGCAAUACCCACGCCUCCUUCACCCUCAGCUUCUGUGAACCCGACUUGUGUGGUCCUUUUUUUUUGGAUUGUGAGAACUUUAAUUCCUUGACGUGACUCUUCCCAAGAUCCCAAGACUGUUGAAUCACAUUCUAUACUGCGAGUUGCUAGAUAUGUGUCACUUUGGUUUAGAUGCUUUUUACGCUAAGUUAGAGAAAUGUGAUAUUUGCAUUCUUGAAUCCACUGAAAGUUGGGCUGUGUGUGCAAAGAACCCAGUACAAAUCUACUUUAAAUGUGUCCUUUAAAAUCUAACAAAUGAAUAGAACAGAUAUUAAAGCACAACAUGCUUUAUUCUUAUAAUAUAUAAUAUUUAUGGAUCUUAAUUUUGAGUUCCAAUAAGGGAGCUGUAUCGUUCUUCCUCAAAGACAGCGUCUUCCCCUGAAUAAAAGUUUAAAAUGUAUCAUAACAAACCGGCAUAUUGACGUUUGCCAAAGAAAAUAAAGUGAAAAGCUUAAAUUAAAUUUCUUUUUUUUGUUCAAUUAAUGUGUUAUUUUUGGAGAAAAUGAUCAUAACUGCUGCACUGCAUUUAUUAGGUGUGUAAGUCUUCAGGUAAAAAAAAGUCAGCACAAUUCAUCUUCCGUGGGAUUUGCCCGCUAUUUGAACCCAUAGUUUGAAUAAUGUACAACAAAACAGUGCCGCUCAAUGCCUCUUUUAAUACACAGUAUGUGCACCUUAUGACCCAAACCAAAAUACUCAUGGUUUUUGAAACAAAUCUCUAGUAUGCAUUUGAAUAAUAAUAAUUACCUUUGUUUCAGAGUUCCGUAAAUGCACACAGAUAUAGAUAAGAACAGCCAUAAUAUGUCAGUUUCCCAGUCUCACUUUUUCUAUGUAGAAAAUGCUUCGAUAAGGUUUGAAGAUCCUCUAUAAAGACUAAAACCCUUUUGUGCUAGUACUGUCUUCUUGAAUGUAAUCAUUUUGUACCUGUAUUUUUCUAACUCAGUCUUGAUUGUACUCCGUAUGCUAUGAUGGUAUACUGUUCCUAGUAACAGCCCACACUUCCUACAACCAGGCUGGGAACUCAUCGAGUGUGUGGAUGUUGAACUUCACCACUUCAUGUUUGACUGAUGGCCGAGAGACUCUUGAAUUUUGGAGUGCGAUAGCUAACCCUGCAAUUUCCUUUUCCUAUUGCAGUACAAGUGAACGUCUAUUUAGACAACAUGGACAUUUAUUGUUAUUAUUAUUAUUACUGUUUAUUUUCUCUAGGUUUAGUCAAUGAAGUAACGUGAAUAUGCAUCCAUUAUAGAUGAACAUGUAUACUCAAGAUCACCAUCCCUUUAUUGGAAUGUAGAUCCGGUUUUCUUGCUCUGGUAAAGAAGUGGUGAUGUAAAUCUCACUCUCUUUAAUUCUCGUGUUUGCUUUUCCUCUGAGAGAUGUUUUUCAUGUUCUCCACUUGUUGUAAAAUGCAGCCUUGCCUUACCCUGCCCAUCACCACACAACUCGUAUGUCAUGACACUGUUUGCUGAUGCAACUGUUCCUUUUACACUUUCUGCUGACACGACUAUAACUUGUUGAACACCUAUUAAAAUGACGUCUA